AUGGCAAGGCCUAACCGUCUCCCGCAGGACGUCAGCACCCUCUCUCUGUACAAGGCCCCCGAGGGAGUAGGCUUGAACACAGAGCCAGGCGUCACUGUUGGAGUAGAAGAUGAGAUUAGCGACACUACCUCUCUGCAUGGCAUGUUUGCCGAAACGGACGCGGUUCAAGUGAUUGUCCGACCUGCAAGCUACGAGCGGAGCCCGCUGAAUGUCGUCCAAUACGAUAGGCGCUCUGGGGACCUUGUCUGGAAUCAGGGCGCGUUCAAAAGCUUCCCCGUCCAUUCUGAAAGCAACUUCAAGAUAUUACGUCAGUCCGCAGAUUUCUGUUUCUUCGACAAGACCGCCUUCAUCAUGGCUAUCGAGUCCUUCCACGAGCCUGCUCUUGUCUUCCUUCGUCCCCGCAGGUCAGGCAAGUCGCUUGGACUGAGUACAUUGGCACAUUUCCAUGGUCGUGAACACCUUCCGGACUAUAAACUCCUCUUUGAAGGCCUUGCCAUCGAUGAGCACGUGGCACACAACCGUGUGUUUCCGGGGAGGUACUUUGUCUUGAAGUUUGACUUCUCUGCUGUCGAUCGAUCUCAAAACAGGAACGUGGCCAGACACAGCUUGAACCUGAUGCUGAACGAGUCGAUCAUGGAGUUCUACAGAACCUAUGAACCAUAUCUCAGAAGGUCGGCCGAUGAUCUCAUCGAGAACUUUAUCAAGGACGACGCUUCGGCAAGUCUAAUAGCAUGUGUGAAUGUUGUACAUCGUAUUCUCACCAGUGUCGAAAAUCCCGAGGACCCCCUUUCAAAGAUCAAGGGAAUUUACCUCAUGGCGGACGAAUAUGACAGCUACAGCAAUGAGUACCUUGUCCAGAAUGACAGUGUUCAUUGGAAGCCGACGCAAGGGGCCGAGCCGGACAGCCUGUUGAAGGGAUUCUGGGCUGCUGUGAAGAGUGGUCUCGGCAGUGCCAUCUCAAAGUGCUAUAUUACAGGUGUCUUGCCGCAAUGUUUAGCCGACAACACGUCCGGAUUCAACGUGGCUCGAUAUGUAUCAUGGGAACCAGAGCUUGCGGGUUUUUGUGGUUUGACGGAAGCAGAUGUCGUUGCUGCGCUGGCAUUGGAAAAGGUCUGUGGUUCCACUGCCAAAGCAAAGAAGCAUUUGAAGAUCAUGAAGGACCAUUAA